CCGGUUCUCCAUCUUCCUCUUAACAGGCGAAGGACCAACCUGCGUCUUACAGCCACUGGAAUACAUUCCCGCUGACAAACACUCACUCACCCAGACUUAAAGGACCACAAACAUGACGGACUCCAAAUAUUUCACAACAAACAAAAAAGGGGAGAUCUUUGAACUGAAGGCAGAGCUGAACAAUGAGAAGAAAGAGAAGAGAAAAGAGGCAGUAAAGAAGGUCAUUGCUGCCAUGACUGUUGGCAAGGAUGUCAGUUCUUUAUUUCCAGAUGUGGUCAACUGCAUGCAGACUGACAACCUUGAGCUGAAGAAGUUGGUCUACCUCUACCUAAUGAACUACGCCAAGAGCCAGCCUGACAUGGCCAUCAUGGCUGUCAACAGCUUCGUCAAGGACUGUGAGGACCCCAACCCUCUGAUCCGGGCUUUGGCCGUCCGCACUAUGGGCUGCAUCCGUGUGGACAAGAUCACAGAGUACCUGUGUGAGCCGCUGAGGAAGUGCCUGAAGGAUGAGGACCCGUACGUAAGGAAGACGGCGGCCGUCUGUGUGGCUAAACUUCAUGACAUCAACGCCCAGAUGGUGGAGGACCAGGGCUUCCUGGACUCUCUGAGGGAUCUUAUUGCUGACUCAAAUCCCAUGGUUGUGGCCAAUGCAGUUGCUGCCCUGUCAGAGAUCAGUGAGUCUCACCCCAACAGCAACCUGCUGGACCUCAAUCCCCAGAACAUCAACAAGCUGCUGACAGCCCUCAACGAGUGCACGGAGUGGGGACAGAUCUUCAUUCUGGACUGUCUGUCCAACUACAACCCCAAGGAUGAGCGCGAGGCUCAAAGCAUCUGUGAGCGUGUCACUCCUCGCCUGUCUCACGCCAACUCAGCGGUGGUUCUGUCAGCUGUCAAGGUGCUGAUGAAGUUCUUGGAGCUGCUACCCAAAGACUCGGACUACUACAACACACUGCUGAAGAAGUUGUCUCCCCCGCUGGUCACCUUGCUGUCUGGAGAACCGGAGGUCCAGUAUGUGGCUCUGAGGAACAUCAACCUCAUUGUCCAGAAGAGGCCUGAGAUCCUGAAGCAGGAGAUCAAGGUAUUCUUCGUCAAGUACAACGACCCAAUCUAUGUGAAACUGGAGAAACUGGACAUCAUGAUCCGCUUGGCCUCUCAGGCCAACAUCGCCCAGGUUUUGGCUGAACUGAAGGAAUAUGCCACAGAGGUAGAUGUCGACUUCGUGCGUAAGGCUGUGCGAGCCAUCGGACGCUGUGCCAUCAAAGUGGAGCAAUCAGCUGAGCGCUGUGUCAGCACUCUGCUGGACCUGAUCCAGACGAAGGUCAACUACGUGGUUCAGGAGGCUAUUGUGGUCAUCAGGGACAUCUUCCGUAAAUACCCCAACAAGUAUGAAAGCAUCAUCGCCACACUGUGCGAGAAUCUGGACUCUCUGGACGAACCUGAUGCUCGAGCUGCCAUGAUCUGGAUUGUUGGCGAGUAUGCCGAGAGGAUCGACAAUGCUGACGAGCUGCUCGAGAGCUUCCUGGAGGGCUUCCAUGAUGAGAGCACUCAGGUCCAGCUCACUCUGUUGACUGCUAUUGUCAAGCUGUUCCUCAAGAAGCCAUCAGAGACUCAGGAGCUGGUGCAGCAGGUCCUCAGUCUGGCCACUCAGGACUCUGACAACCCUGAUCUGCGCGACAGGGGCUACAUCUACUGGCGCCUGCUGUCCACCGACCCUGUGACUGCCAAGGAGGUGGUGUUGUCAGAGAAGCCCCUGAUCUCAGAGGAGACGGACCUGAUUGAACCAACACUGCUGGACGAGCUAAUCUGCCACAUCGGCUCCCUGGCUUCUGUCUAUCACAAACCCCCCAGCGCCUUUGUGGAGGGAAGCCACGGAAUCCACCGGAAACACCUUCCUGUUCAGCACAGCAGCAUUGAUACUGGUGAGAGUCCAGUGAGCGGCGGGCCAGCAGCUGCCAUGGACCAGCCACAUGUGAUCCCCAGCCAGGGCGACCUGCUGGGAGACCUGCUCAACCUGGACCUGGGCCCUCCAGUCAAUGUGCCCCAGGUCUCCUCCAUGCAGAUGGGUGCAGUGGACCUUCUGGGAGGAGGCCUGGACAGUUUGCUGGGGGGAGACCUGGGCGGAGGUGUUGGGGGAAGUCCAGCAGUGGGACAGAACUUCAUCCCGUCGUCUGUCCCCAGUACUUUCGCUCCGUCUCCUACACCUGCACCUCCGGCUGUCAGCAGCGGCCUCAACGACUUGUUUGAGCUUUCCACAGGCAUGGCCAUCACCACUGGAGGCCACGUAGCCACAAAAUCAGUGUGGCUUCCUGCAGUGAAAGCCAAGGGGCUGGAGAUCUCUGGAACCUUCUCUCGCCGUCAGGGCCACAUGUACAUGGACAUGACCUUCACCAACAAAGCCCUGCAGCACAUGACCGACUUCGCCAUCCAGUUCAACAAGAACAGCUUUGGGAUGAUCCCCACCAGUCCGCUGCCCAUUCACACUCCACUGAUGCCCAGUCAGAGUAUUGAGAUUUCUUUGCCUAUUAACACCAUCGGGCCAGUCAUGAAGAUGGACCCACUCAAUAAUCUGCAGGUGGCAGUGAAGAACAACAUCGACGUGUUCUACUUCAGCGUACUCAUCCCUCUCAACAUAUUCUUUGUCGAGGAUGGAAAAAUGGAGCGACAGGUGUUCCUGGCAACCUGGAAAGACAUCCCCAAUGAGAAUGAGCUACAGUACCAGAUAAAGGAGUGCCACCUAAAUGCAGACACAGUGUCAGGAAAGCUGCAGAAUAACAACAUCUACACCAUUGCCAAAAGAAACGUAGAAGGCCAGGACAUGCUGUACCAGUCGCUCAAGCUGACCAAUGGCAUCUGGAUCCUGGCUGAGCUCCGCAUUCAACCCGGAAACCCCAACUACACGCUGUCUCUCAAGUGUCGGGCUCCUGAAGUGUCUCAGUACGUCUACCAGAUGUACGACUCUGUGCUGAAGAACUGACCUGUUCUGCCACUUAGCAGCUCCGCUUCAUCCUGACUACAAACUGCAGUGUUUUAUCAUUUUCUGUAUCUGCAGCUAACUGCCAAAACAAGAGAACCCAAACAGUAAAUGGUGGAUGCUGAAAGAAAACCUGGAUUAGUGGGUAUAUUUCACCUCUGAGGGAUCAACAGGGUAAAUGCUGAUACGAAGGUAUUAUGAGUGAUCACCAUGCUGUUAAACACGCUGUUGGUGUUUCCUUUAUUUUGGCAGUUGAACGCAUUAUUAAAUCCUGUAAUUCAGCUCCCCAUUUAGAUUUUUACCUCCCAGUGAGAACACGUCGACCAUUCCAUCCUUAACUUAGUGUCUUAAUGUUGUGAAGAUGAUGAAACUGUCCCGAGUGAGGGGAAAAAAUCUCCCCAGUUUCCAUGAAGCCAUUGUUUUUGUUUUUUUUUACUUUGUACAGCGUGUGGCUCGCACGUCUUUCAGUUUAUUUUUGAUACUGGCUUUGCUUUAGUUGUAUUUUCAGAAGAAUACCAGUGUUGAUUUGCUCUGUUUGCCAUUAAUGUGUUUGAAGAUUGAAACCCAGAAGCUAUUGAUGUCUUUUCCUGCCAUGACUUUAACACAGCUUCUUUCAUGUUUACUAGGAGUACUUGCAUUUAGUCACUAACACCUCAAGUGUGAAACAUUGUACAAUGAUUGAAAAACUGUGAAGUGCAAUUUUUAAAAAGUUGGGGUAAGAAAAUGCAAACCAGAGCACCAGUAACUGUAACCUAACUGCUCAAUUUGGGUGUUUUCACUGUGGGUUUCCACUGCCAUUCAUAAUGCAGGUGGUAAAACAGAAAACAAAGCUCUGUUCCACUAAACCCUCUUCUAGCCUUCAGCACAUUCUGGCUUCAUUAGCACUCCACCUUUUCCAUCUCAGCUACUUGUGAACAUCUUUGGAAUAAUUUGGCUUUUUAAAAAAAAGAAAUUUGGCAGUCAAAUUCUAAAACCAAUUGCAAUGAGAAAUUGUACAUGUAAAAAGAAAACAAAGUUUUCAGCCAUGUGAAGCAACUUCAUAGAACCAGUUCUAUCGUAAAUUCAUUACAUCCCAACUGAUACUGGAUUUUUGUGGCUGAUUUUAUCAAUAUUUUGGCUGAUGUUCUUUAUAGACACAGUGUGUUGGAGGUAAAUUGAUAAAAUAAAACCAUGGUGUCACUGUGAACUUUCCAGAAAUGUAUUUUACAACUUACUUUAAAGACACCGUUUGACUCCACACCACCAUCUGCUCAACUGUGCUACAUAAUCUGCUACAUGCGCUGCAGACAGUGCUGAGAGUGUUGCAAUGGAGUCAAAACUGCUCGCUAGACAAACUAAGCAAUGACAACAUUUUUAAAUUACGCUGAGCAUGUUUUUCUCAAUUAUGCUCAGUAAAAAUAAAUGUUUUACAUCAGCACAUAUUGUAAAACAUAUACGGCAAUAAUGAUGCCAUAGGCCAAUAUUGGUUGAUUGAACUGAUAUAUGUAAAAUCAGUCAAGCUCUAAAGUGUAAUGAUUUAAAUUCUUGGCCAACACCCCCAAUAUUUUCACCUCAACUUAGUUUUCCAACCACUACACAAACCGCUGCAGCUCUUGAUUAUGUGUUAACACACCAGUGCCACUCCCCGUUAAGAAUAUUCGUUGUCCUUUUUCUAACAGCCCCAUCAUAGUCGUACACGGCUUCACUCACCUCUUAUUGUCAUUCCUCUUUAUUCUGCAUCUACCUCUGCGUGUUUCCUUUUAACUGCUGCAGUAGCUCCACUUCUGCUCUGUGCUUUAUUGUUUCCACUAUUUCUUUUGAAUGCCAGUGUUUUUUUGUUUUUUUUUGUAAACUCCAUGCCAGUCUAGACUUGUGGCAACUCGGCCAAACUGAACUCGCAGGACCAAGCAUUCAAAGUAAUUGCCACAUUUCUGUUUUAACACUCCAGUAUCAUUAUAUCCUCCUAAUGUUGGCGUUGUCUGUGCUAUAUGAACGUUACAGUGCAUACGCCCUAAGGCCCAGAGUUGUAGUGUAGUCCAGUGAUGGUGUAGUUUGUGUAGCUAAUAAAUCAAAAGGUUUUGUUGUUACUCUGGAAAUGAAUUGAAGCAUCGCCUCUACCUAUUCAACAAGCAGAACAGGCUUAUUCGAUGUAUCAGUUGUGUUGGUGACGCUAUUCUCAUACACGAUAACACAAAAUAUGUUUAUGUGCCUGCAUGACCUCACUGUCAUUUUAUCCUUUUUCAUUUCAACUCGAGUUAACACUCCUCUCCUCCAUAUCUCUUGUAGAUCUCAUGUUUUUUUUUUGUUUUUCUUUUAAAUGCAGCCUUCCCACAGAUAGAAGUAUAUCCAGAGUUGUUGCCACCAGUACAGAAUUUACGACGAGAUCUAUCAUAGCAGCUUGUGAAAUGGAAUAUUUCUAGCGUCAUUGAUGUAACCCUGUUGUAAAUGAUUUGUUAUUGUCACAGUACCACAUCUUAUGUCAAUAAAUUGUCAAACUCAUUGUG